AUGGCCUCCGACUCAGGCACACCCCCUCCUCCACGGGAGCCGACCCCGAGCGGCUCCCUCUCUGCUUCAACUGCCAUUCCCUUGAAGCGACCUGCUCUCGAAGAAGACUUUACUCCUUCGGUCCCUUCGCCACUCAAUCCCGACGUUAGAUCUACACCAAAACCUCAAGGCGCCGACGAAAUGCCAGCGAAACGCAACAAGAAGGAGUCACUGAAGAAGCGCGAAUCGAAGGGUGCCUUCGGCGGCGACAGCAACCGCGGCACGCCGGACCCCAAGCAUCGCGAACCUAAGCAGUCCGACUACAGUCCGAUGCGCUACAAGCUGGCGCCUCCCAAGCCUUCCGACUUUGAACCUGCUCGUGGAGCCAGCUUCAAUCCCCACCACAACUUCCCUGCCUUGGACGGAACCGAGAUUCAGUUCUGCGAAACCUCGGAGCAUGUUCACAACAAGAAAAGCUACCACUACACUCACUGUAUCGCCGAUCCCGGUUUCCCUUCGUCAUUAUACUACCGUGGUACCGAGGCAGAGCCCACCGGACCUCAUCUCAGCUUCGAGGACAGCGCAACCCACCUGUUCUUUGAUCGGACGGGCCUCCAUAUCACGACGAACAAGGGCUUUCGCAUGACGCGUGCCAAUGUCGCUAUCCGAGAGGGGCGAUUCUACUGGGAGACUAAAAUUACGAGAGGAAUUGUCGACAACAAGAGCGGAGACGAGAAGCCCGAGUCGCAUGGCCACGUGCGCAUGGGUUUCGCGAGAAGAGAGGCGACGUUGGAUGCGCCAGUUGGGUUCGAUGCCUACAGUUAUGGUUUCCGUGACGUUGGCGGCGAGAAGGUGUACAUGUCGCGACCCAAACCCUUCUUCCCCGAAGGAGAGGGCAUCCGUGAAGGCGAUGUCAUCGGCCUGGAGAUCCAGCUACCUUCGGAACGCUUGCAGCGCAAGGUCCUUGCUGGCCAGUACAACCCGGCCGUUGAUACCGGCUUAGACGAUGACAGCACGAACUUUGAUGCGCCAAACAUUGUUCGCGAUCGUAUUCCCAUCCGCUUCAAGUCGCACAUAUACUUUGAGAAGAUUGACUACCACACAACCAAGGAGCUGGAGGACCUCAUGAACCCCUCGCCAGUCUCCUCCGGCCCUGCCAACUCGAUCGAGGCGCCUAACCCUAAUCACCCGGUCCCAGCCCUCCGCACACUUCCAGGCUCCUUCAUCAAGGUGUACAAGAACGGCGUUCUGAUGGGCACCCCGUUCACCGACCUCCUCGCCUUCCUCCCCCCGGCCUCCAAACCGCAGGGCCAAAUCGGUGCUCGCGAGGGCCUUGACAACGGCAUGCUCGGCUACUAUCCCGCUGUGAGCGUCUACAGGGGCGGUGCUGCUGAGGUCAACUUCGGCCCUGACUUCUGGUUCCCACCUCCCGGACUGGAAGAGAGUCCCGACAAUGAGGUCUCCAUGAUCGACGCUGGACAGGAAGAGCCCAAGAAGCCGUCGGAGCCCGCGUACCCUAGCUUGGAUCAGGUCCGGCCCAUGUCGGAGCGAUAUACGGAGCAAAUUGUUGAGGAUAUUGUCUACGACAUCAUUGACGAGGUCGACUUCUGGAUCCAGGAUGGCUGCAAGGUCAUUGAUCGAUUCGGUCAGGGCGAGAAGGCCGGCCAGACGGGUAGUCUUGCGGCUGGUGGACGUGAGGAGAUUAAGGAGUUGGUCCAGGACGACUGA